UGCUAAUCCACUUCUUUAUCUUAUCGCCGAUAAGCUUCUUUUGGAAAUGCCCCGCCAGCCUCCACUGCUUCAUCGUCAUCCACCAGAGAAAAGAACGAUACUAAAGACAGCAGAGAAAAAGGCAUAUGCAACCUCGCGCUUCGAUGCUCACAUCUUCUGGAAACGGCCUACGGAGUCUCAACCACACAGAUGCCCUGAUAUGGUGGGCGUGGCCCAUGACACGAGAACCUUCAUUGAAGCCUGGCUUGAACGUUGCCAAGACUGCUGCGACGAGGGUGGAGAGGAGGUCCUGAUCAUCCCCAAUCUGUGUUUGAACAACAUUUCGUCUACACCCAGCCCAAAGAAACGGACGCGGCUUGCCAGUGGCGACGUCGAUCUUGAAGCCACACCUCGACGAGCAGUGGGCGGCCUUUCAGACGUUAGUAUUGGCGACUCGGCCUCCGAUUCUGAUUCCGUAACGGCAAGUUCCAGCCGUCAUGGUGCUUCUGCAAGCCCUGAGAAGCGCGAGAUUGCCUGCGGCCGGCGACGGACUUUCCUGUCCGAAGGGAAUAUAUAUUUCGCCCAUAUAAUUUAUUAAAAAUAUAAAUAAUUUAUUAAAAAGAUGUUAAAUUAGAGAAAUUUUUCUAAGUUACUAGUAGGUUAUAAGACG